AUGUCCGGGGUAGCAAAUUGGAUCAAGGCGCAACGAAAGGGGGAUUUGAUGGAGCUUGCGGAUUCAAUUGGACUUAAAUAUAUCGAUGGUAUCAAGAAGACAGAACUUGAGCUUGCGCUCGAAGACUACCUGGUUGAAAAUGAAUCGCAACUAGCUAACGAGACGCGCCUCAUACCAUACUAUAAUAGAAGAUCCGGUGCUUCACCUGUGAAGAAGGAGCCCUCUUCUGCCCACGAGGAAAUGGACACAAAAAGAUCAUUAAGACGCAGAACUAGACUUGCGUCAGAAAUUUCGGAGGUCGGGAACCAAACUACUGAUGAUUCGGAAUCUGAAAGAGCAAUCGCGCGCUCUAGUACUGCUCUUACACAAACUCCUCGCGCGAACGCGAUCACAUUUGCAUCAAACGUCCCUAUCCCACCAUCUCCUGCCGUUGUCGCAGAUGUUAUCGAUCGACGCACGGCAGUUUUACGCGCGAAAGCAAAUGAAUACUAUAAGGAUUUAGGUAUAGUCGAAGCUGUGGAGACUGCCCGUGAAACUGUAUCAACCGUCGUGGCCCUUGAAUUCAUCAUGCUACUAUCAGAGGCACUACAACUUCAACCAGAACUUUUACAAAACAAAUACGCAUUCACAAUUCCCCCGCUCCAUUUCCUGAAUACCUCCGAAUACGCGGUCAAAAUUCCGGAUCUGUUCCUUUUGUUGACCACGUCUUUCUGGGGUCCUUUUGCUCUGUGGUUAUCCACAAGUCUCUUACUUCCAUUGUUUGCGGCAUACUUCUACAAUUUGACAAGCAAACCAAGCACGCGAAGCAAACAUUAUUCGUUUGAUCCAUUGACAUUCAACAUCGUAAAGGGACUCAUAACAUUCGUAGUUUACGGCCAAGGCGCAACUCUUGGUGGGCUCGUGGACCUUAAGCACGUGGCAAGAAUUAAUUCGGCACUUUAUGGGGGAUAUCAGAGCACGCUUGUUGGGACCGCUAUUGGGAUCCUGUUUACCAUGUACGAUGCCGUUUUGAAGAAAUGA